AUGGAUACAAGUGCGUCAUCGUCUCGCUUUCCGGCGGCGGCGGCGCUGCUGGUGCUGCCGGCCUUGUCGGCCGCCGACGACUGGGCGGACGCGCACGCCACGUUCUACGGCGACGAAGCCGGUGGCGAGACCAUGCGUAAGAAAGCUGCCAUGACCGUGCACGGCGCGUGCGGGUACGGCAACCGGUUCGAGCAGGGGUACGGGCUGGACACGACGGCGCUGAGCGUGGCGCUCUUCAACCAGGGCUGGUCCUGCGGCGGCUGCUACGCCGUGCGGUCGUGCCAGGGCGCUAGCGCCUACUGCGCGCCGGUGGCGGUGACGGCGACCAACCUGUGCUCGGCCAACCACUCCAAGCCCAGCGGCAACUGGUGCAACCCGCCGCUGCGGCACUUCGACCUGUCCAAGCCCAUGUUCCUCCGCCUCGUCACCGACUUCCACGCCGGCAUCGUCCCCGUGCAGUACCGCCGCGCGCCCUGCGUCAGGCGCGGCGGCGUGCGCUUCGGGAUGAAGGGGAACCGGUGGUGGGUCGCCGUGCCCACAAGAUUAAUGUUUUUUUAG